CAUCUGCAAAUCUGAUCUGCCAUAUAAUAAUGACCGAUUCUGAAUAGAGGAAUGGGCCGGAGAUAGUUUGGUGAAGUGGUUGAAAGUUAGAUUGGAAACUGACAUAUAUAGAUACAGGUAAUAUAUAAAAUGUAAAAGAUCGAAUUGAAUGGCCGGAGCUAAGCGCCGGGGAUUGUCUUCUUCAAUUCAAUUGGACAAGUUAUCAAGGCCCAUGCCGCGCGCGCAGUGGAUCGAUCAGAUCAGAGUAAUAAUAAUUUAUGCACCAAAUGGGAUGGGCUUUCCACACAUCGAUCUACAUGUCUGCUGUAUGUAUGUUCGAUCAAUCAAUGAUGAAAGCUGGAUAAACGAAGAUGGAGAAGCAAAAGUAUUUUUCUUGCAAUCUGCUAGCAUCGCUCAAGCUUUCCAAACCCCCGGAGGUGUUGCCGUCUUAGUUGUCUUCUCUAAGGUUUACUGGCGGCCAAAUUGUGAGUUUCCUUUGCUCUGCGGCGGCCGUGGCACUGCUUGGGAUCAGUCGAUGAUGGGGUGGUUUUUCCUUGCUAGCAGUGCUCAAAUUUUCACUUGCAAUUCUCCUCAACUUUGCUCAAGGAAAAUGUAGUGUUAUGUUAACUAUUUAGAUUAGAUUUGAUGCUCAUGUAUCAUCAUUCAUCAAUUAUCAAUUUAGAAGAUGAAAACGUAACCUCUAAGUAGAACAAAUUGCAUCACAAUUGCA